GAAGUAUAAUAAUAGUAAUAGUAGUAAGAGAAAGUAGGUUUCAAUGAUAGUGUUAAACCUGCAAAUUACUAGUGAUUUUAAAUAUAAUAUUAAAGGUUAACUUUGCUUUUUACCCGCAAAAACGGAGCAAAUAACAUUAUGUUACAAGGAGGUACUGCAGAUUGUGAAGAAAAUGAAACUGACGACGAUUCUGAGUCUAAUUCUAAAUUAUCCAUGAUCUCGGUUCAGGAUGCUCUGUCGGCUUUUCGCACAGAAUGGCAACGUGAAUUAAAAGUACCUGAUCAAGCACCAAAAUCGUCUUUGCUAAAUAUUAACAGAAACCAAAGUUUGGCUCAAGAAGAUGCUGAAGAAUGUGCUAAGAAGCUGUUUUGUAAAGGAAUUGAAUAUGAACAAAGUGGAAAUAUGUAUGAAGCGAUUCAAUAUUAUCGCAAAGCUGUUCAAAUUGUUCCUGACAUAGAAUUUCGUAUAUAUCGGAAUAUGUCCAAGGGAAUAUACAAAGAUAAAAAAAGCUCUGUGGAUGAAGACAAGAUAUUAGUGAAAUAUGAUGAUCUUUUGAAUCACAUUAAAAGCACAAGAAAUCCUUCUGAUCCAGUAUGUGUAUCUUUUAAGGAGCAAUCCUCUACUCACAUAUCACAGUUGCCGAUGGAAGUUAUUUUAUAUAUAUUCAGAUGGGUGGUAUCCAGUGAAUUAGAUCUAAGAUCCUUAGAGCAAUGCGCUGCGGUUUGCAGAGGAUUUUAUGUAUUGUGUAGAGAUAGUGAAAUUUGGAAAACGGCAUGUAUCAGAACUUGGGGAAUAAAUUGUGGUGUUUUGAAAAAUAGUUCGUAUGCUUCAUGGCGGCAAAUGAUUAUUGAAAGACCAAGGUUAAGAUUCAAUGGCUGCUAUAUAAGUAAAACUACUUAUUUUAGAUACGGUGAAAAUAAUUUUCAGGAUCAAUUUUAUAGACCGUGGCAUUUAAUUCAAUACUAUAGAUAUUUGCGAUUUUUUCCUGGUGGUAAUGUUUUAAUGCUUACCACUCCUGAUGAACCAGUGAAUACUGUAGGUUAUUUGAAGAAUUUUUUCACAAAAAAUCAUGCAAUGAUGUCUGGACAUUAUCGGAUUCAACAAGACCAUGUCAUACUAAUAGUGAAAAGAGUUAAACCUUCAGUAAAUAAGACAAAGGAAGCAAGCCGUCACAGACGAAGAAAAGACACUGAAAUAGACUUUGGAGAACAGACUUUCCAAAUAGAGCUGCAGAUAAACAAUGCACAAAAAAGGAAUUCAAUGCAGUUAACUUGGUAUGGGUACAAAGUUUAUUAUAAAAAUUAUAAUGGAACUGAAUCGCAUAGUACUUUUGAGCUGGUUUCAUCGAGAUAUCCUCCAUUUUGGUUUUCUCGUGUUAAAAGUUAUCAUGCUGAAUCUGAUAGUCCUUUGUUGUAA